CAUAUGCUAAGAAUCUUCAAUGGCUUUCUCAACUUUCUUCGUUGCGGUACCUUGACAUGAGUUCCAUUGACCUUGACGAAGCAUCUGAUUGGUUGGAGGUACAAUAUCAAGUGAAAUAAAAAAUAUGACAUCUAUCAUUACACUUGACCUGUCAUUGAAUGAGCUACAAGGAGACUUGCCAACAUCAUCCAUGGCUCAACUUUGCAAAUUAAAACUAAUUGAUCUGUCAGGCAACACAUGGAAUCGAUCCAUAUCCCAAAUCCUAGAUAUUUGUUCAGGAUGUCUUUCUGAUAGCCUACAAGUCCUGAAUAUCGGGGAUGGUAAAAUAUAUGGUCAUUUAACCACUAAAAUUGGGCAGUUCAGAUCUCUGAUCGAUCUUGAUCUGUACAAUAAUUCAAUUUCUGGUCUAAUACCUGAAUCUUUGUGGCAGCUUGUUAAUUUGCAAUCGUUAGACAUUAGCAAUAAUCAGAUGGAAGGUAUAAUUUCGGAGGCUCACUUUGCUAAUACAACAAGACUGAAAUUUCUUUCUAUAUCGGAUAACCCACUCACUUUGAAAUUAGGUCAGGAUUGGGUUCCUCCUUUUCAACUUGAAGAUUUAUCUAUGGGCUCCUACCAUUUGGGCCCAAAAUUUCCAAUGUGGGUACGGUCACAAAAGAGCCUUUCUUCUUUGGGUUUAUCCAACACAAGUCUUGCAGAUGUUCUUCCUGCUUGGAUUUUCAACUUCUCUUUAGAAUUACAAUACUUAGAUCUUUCUCAAAAUCAAAUGCAUGGAAGGAUUCCUAAUCUGACGAAUGUGGGGACGCAGCGGUACUCAACAAUCGACCUGAGCCAAAACCACUUCGAGGGGCCAUUGCCUUUCGUAUCUUCCAAGGUGAGUAAACUAGAUCUUUCUGAUAAUCGACUUUCAGGAUCCAUUUCUCAAUUCUUGUGUAGCUCACCAAGUGAGCCAAUGAAUAUAUGGCCGCUCUCUAUCUUGCCAAUAAUCAAUUGUCAGGAAAAUUACCCAACUGUUGGAGUAAGUGGAACAAUACACAGGUCUUAAAUUUAAAUAACAAUGGCUUUAAUGGUGGUAUUCCUUCAUCCUUUGGCUCGUUGAUUUUCCUUCAAUCAUUGCAUCUCCGUAGUAAUAACCUAUCUGGAAUAUUAUCUCUUUCUUCUUUACAGAAUUGUAUUAAUUUAGUUAUUCUGGAUCUUAGUCGGAAUAAAUUUGAGGGAAACAUUCCUACUUGGCUUGGAAAAAGUCCCUCAAAGUUGAGGUUUCUUUUUGCUGGCUUCAAUGAGUUCCAUGGUCAUAUACCCAAGGAACUAUGUGCUCUCAAUUCUCUUCAAAUCUUGGAUCUUUCAAACAACAAUCUAUCCGGCCC